AUGAAAAGAGCAUACAAACAACACCAGCAGCAGCAGCAGCAGCAGCAGCAGCAGCAGCAGCAAGAGCAGCAGCAGCAGCAGCAGGAGCAGCAGCAGCAGGAGCAGCAGCAGCAGCAGGAGCAGAAGCAGAAGCAGCAGCAGCAGCAGCAGGAGCAGCAGCAGCAGCAGGAGCAGCAGCAGCAGCAGCAGCAGGAGCAGCAGGAGCAAGGGGAAAAAGGAGAAGAGAACUGGGGUUUUAGUUGCUGCUGCCGUCUAUGUUGUUUAUCUUCGCUGCAGCAGCAGCGUAUACUGUCUCUGCUUGACCCUCGUUCUAUUGCUGCUUUCGGGUGUACAUGCAGCUCGCAUUGGGUUGCAGCACAGCCCGCGGUGCCGGGGCUGGAGGCUGUGGGGUCGGGCUGGAUACAUUCUCCUGGGAUCGGAUCCCGCUGGCGCCAAGCUGCUGCUGCUGCUGCUGCUGCUGCUCCUGCUGCUGCUGCUGCUGGAGGAGGAGGAGGGUGUAUGAGUACGCUCAGCAGCAGCAGCAGCAGCAGCAGCAGCAGCAGCAGCAGCAGCAGCAGCGGAGGUGGGGGGAGAGGAGGGUUGUUUAGACACCAGGUGCAUGCGCUGCUCUGGAUGAAACACAGAGAGAGACGGGGGGCCCCGCAGCAGCCCCCAGCAGAGCUGCAUGCAUCUUGGCGUUUGCUGGGUUCUGCUGCUGCAGCACAGAGAGCAGCAGCAGCAGCAGCAGCUGGGGCCCCGCAGCAGCCCCCAGCAGAGCUGCAUGCAUCUUGGCGUUUGCUGGGUUCUGCUGCUGCAGCAGCAGACAAAACCCUAAAAACCCUCAACAGCAAACGCGGGCUCUCUCCUCUCUCCUCUUGCUGCACCAGAAACAGCAACAGCAGCAGCAACAGCAGCAGCAGCAGCAGCAUGAAAGCAACAGAAGAAAGAGAAAAGGAGACAGAAGGAGACAGAAAGGAGACAGAAAAGGAGACAGAUAUAGCUUGGCCUGUCCCCAGACAAAACGACUGCCGCACAGCAGCAGAUCUAUUGAAGGGCCUUUCCACCUGGGUAGAGAUACCGCUCCCUAGCAGCAACUGGCUGCAGCUCACAGCAGCAGCAGCAGCAGCAGCAGCAGCAGCAGCAACAGGAGCAGCAGCAACAGGAGCAGCAGCAGCAGGAGCAGGAGCGGCAGCAGCAGCAGCAACAGGAGCAGCAGCAGCAGCAGCAGAGCAGCAGCAUAAACCAGAAAUUGUGGGGUCGAGGCUGCUGCAGGGCAAGGGGAAGUGUCUCCGCGUAUUUGCUGCUGGACACCCAAAAACACUCUUCUGCUGCAGCAGCAGCAGCAGCAGCAACAGCAGCAGCACCAACAGCAGCAGCAGCAGCAGCAGCAGCAGCAGCACCAACAGCAGCAGCAGCAGCAGCAGCAUUAGUAGUAGUACGAGCGACGCAGCAGCAGCAGCAGAACCACUGGAAAUAUCACCAGCAGAAGUGGACAACUGUGCUGCUCCUCCUGCAGCAGCAGCAGCAGCAGCAGCAGAUACUGCUGCUGCUGCUGCUGCUGCAGUGCCUGAUUGGGAGCUGCUGCUGGAGGGCGCGCAGCAGAGCGGUGACUUUUCUUUAUAUGUUUCUAUCGACGUGAAGGUGGUGCUGCUGGGGUAUAAAGGGGGUGCAACGCAGCCAGCAGCAGCAGCAGCAGCAGCAGCAGGAGCAGCAGCAGCAGCAGCAGCAGCAGCAGCAGCAGGGGGAUAUGAAGAGGAAUGUAUAGGGGGCAUGUUCUGCGAUGACCCCGGCCUCGGGAAAACUUUGUCUUUGCUGUCGCUUGCUGUUGCUGCAGCCACGAGAACACAUAGACCCCCCAGACACCUCUGGCCCCCUCCUGCUGCUGCUGCUGCUGCUGCUGCUGCUGCUGGUGCUGCUGCUGGUGCAGGAGAAGGAGAAGGAGAAGGGAGAGGAGGAGGGGGAGAGUCUGCUGCUGGUGCUGCUGCUGGUGAUUGUCGCUUGCUGUUGCUGCAGCCACGAGAACACAUAGACCCCCCAGACACCUCUGGCCCCCUCCUGCUCCUGCUGCUGCUGCUGCUGCUGCUGCUGCUGGUGCUGCUGCGGGAGAAGGAGAAGGAGAAGGGAGAGGAGGAGGGGGAGAGUCUGGUGCUGCUGUUGCUGCUGCUGGUGAUACAGCUGCAGCAACAGCAACAGAUUCUGCUGCUGCUGCUGCGUCUGUGUCUCCGACUGCAGCAGCAAAUCCUGCUGCUGCAGCAGCAGCAGCAGCAGCAGCAGCAGUUUCUCCUUCAGGUGUAUGUGGAGCUGGGUUGGUUGGGAGGACGACGCGGCUGCGGCUGCGGCGCUCACUGCAUGCAAAGGAAGCAGCAGAGCAGCAGCAGCAGCAGCAGCAGCAGCAGCAGCAGGGGUGAGAUAAAAGGAAACACAUACAGCAGCAGAGAGAGAUAG